AAAGGGAAUUCUGUUGCCGACAUAUCACUUUACUGCAACUUUGACUGAUCUCUCCACGUUCCAGUAUCCUUCAACUUUCACUAUGUCUACCCAAGAACGCACCUACAUCAUGAUCAAGCCGGAUGGCGUGCAGCGCAACCUAGUCGGCAAGAUCAUCGCGCGAUUUGAGGAGCGUGGAUACAAGCUUGUCGCCCUUAAGCUCGUCCAUGCUACGCCUGAGCAUCUUGAGAAACAUUACGCCGACCUCAAGGGCAAGGCUUUCUUCCCUGGUCUCAUCAAAUACAUGGCCUCUGGACCCGUUGUUGCCAUGGUCUGGCAGGGUCUUGAUGCUGUCAAGACUGGCCGUGUCAUGCUUGGUGCUACCAACCCUUUGCAGUCCCCAGUCGGUGCGUCGUGCAACUUUUUAAUUUCUUUCAACAAACUCAGCAUACAUCCAGGUUCCAUCCGUGGUGACUACUGUCUUGCUGUUGGCCGUAAUAUCUGCCACGGAUCCGACUCUGUUGAGAGUGCCGAAAAAGAAAUUGCUCUCUGGUUCCCUGAGAGCAUUGUUCAAUACACCCACAUCCAGGAGCCGUGGGUCCUCGAAGACAACUAGAAUAAUUUUGUAUUAGACGUGCCAGGAUUCAUAGCGAGUAGUCGAAAAUACACAAGAAACAAUCGGAUUUUAAGGACAACAUAAAAGCCAAAUGGAAGCGCAGUCAAACCGUUCAUUACCUCGUUACCAAGCAUGAUGACCACCAUCGACAAGAAUG